CUUUACUUGGGGGCUUCAACACAAAAGGCAUUUACUUCCUCCUUUGAGUUUGCUUUCUUUUCUACCCCGUCAGUCUCCCCUCCCCUCCUCGCUCCCCACGCUACUGUCACAUUCAUUUAAAGAGGCGUCGAGUCAGAGCAUAUACCCAACACGUCACAAACAGUCCAUCUCGCCGUCGGUUGGGCCUGACAACCCCCACCAAGAGCGCGCCCAUCAUGGCGGGAACAACGUUGUCGCCGCUGCGCAUGCUCCUCUGCGCAGUCUUCCUCUUCACAGCACAUGUCUAUGCUGCCUCAGCAGUUCUAGGCGUCGACCUGGGCACGGAAUAUAUUAAAGCUUCCCUGGUCAAGCCCGGAAUUCCUCUCGAUAUCGUCCUCACCAAGGACUCGCGACGAAAAGAGAUCUCGGCUGUCGCUUUCAAGCGCCCCCAGAAUGGCCCCAAGAAGGGCGACUUCCCCGAACGUCUCUACGGCUCUGAUGCCAUUGCGCUUUCCGCCCGAUUCCCCGGCGAUGUCUACCCGAACCUCAAGACCCUCCUCGGCCUCUCCGUCGACAGCCCGCCUGUCCAGGAGUACGCUGCCCGGCACCCCGCCCUGCAGCUCGAGAGCCACAAGGUCAAGAACACUGCCGCUUUCAAGAGCAAGGAGGCAUUCACACCAGAAGAGCAGGCAUGGCUGGUAGAGGAGCUGCUGGCCAUGGAGCUGCAGAGCAUACAGAAGAACGCCGAGAACAUGGCCGGCCCCGGAACGUCGAUUCGCUCCGUCGUCCUCACAGUCCCAGCAUUCUAUACUAUCGAGGAAAAGCGAGCUGUCGAGACGGCUGUUGAGCUGGCUGGCCUGAAGACCCUCUCCCUAAUCAGCGACGGGCUGGCUGUCGGUGUGAACUACGCGUCAAGCCGGACUUUCCCCACCAUCAACGAGGGCGGGAAGGCCGAGCACCACAUGGUUUUCGACAUGGGUGCAGGAUCCACCAAGGCCACCAUUCUGAAGAUGCAGGGUCGCUCUGUCAAGGAUGUCGGCAAGUUCAACAAGACUGUCCAAGAGGUGCUUGUUAUGGGAAGUGGCUGGGAUCGAUCGCUCGGUGGCGACGCCCUAAACGCGGUCAUCGUGGACGACAUGGUUGAGAAGUUUGUCGAGUCCGCCGCCGCCAAGAAGGUCGGAGCAACAGUCGAGGGCGUCAAGGCACAUGGCAGGGCCAUCGCGAAGCUGUCCAAGGACGCCGAGCGUUUGCGACAUGUCCUUAGUGCCAACCAGAACACGCAGGCCAGCUUCGAGGGCCUGUACGAGGACGUUGACUUCAAGUACAAGAUUACACGUGCCGAGUUCGAGGCCAUGGUCGAGGCGCACGCCGCCAGGGUUGGUGUUGCAAUUCAGGGCGCACUCGACAUGGCUGGUCUGAAGGUUGACGACCUCGACUCGGUCAUUCUCCAUGGUGGAGCUACGAGAACGCCGUUCGUGCAGAAGGAGCUGGAGAAGGUAUUUGGCAACGGGGACAAGAUCCGUACCAACGUCAACUCUGACGAAUCCGCCGUUUUUGGUGCCGGCCUACGCGCAGCUGAGCUCAGCCCCAGCUUCCGCGUCAAGGAGAUAAGAAUCUUUGAAGGUGCUGCCUAUCCUGCUGGCAUCAAGUGGGUCGAUGGCAAGGGCAAGGCUCGUCACCAGCGUCUCUGGACUCCCACGUCCCACCUCGGCGCAACAGCAAAGGAAGUUACCUUCAACAACAAGGAUGACUUCUCCGUCGAGUUUUAUCAGGAAACACCUGCCCUGGCAUCUGAUGUCACACCGGGUGUUGAGGAGAAGAUCACCAAGACAUUCAACACCAAGAACCUGACCGAGACUGUGGCUUCGAUGAAGGAGAAGUAUUCUUGCGAGCCUAGCGACGUCCAAUUCAAGUUCGGUGUACGCCUCUCGGGCGAGAACGGUGAAGUCGAGGUUACUAACGCCUAUGUGGAAUGUGAGGCUGAAGUUGUUGAAAAGGAGAGCUUGAUUGAUGGAGUUAAGAACAUGUUCGGGUUUGGAAAGAAAGACGAGCAGAAGCCUCUUGCCGAUGGCGAGUCUCCUGAUUCUGCGGAGGGGGCCUCAACGGAGUCUGCCGAGUCUUCCAGCUCGACCACAUCGACAGACACUACUGAAUCGACGUCCACCAGCUCGACCACCUCUUCGGCGGCCACCACCGAGACUGCGGAAGCCAAAGAAGGCAAGAAGACGAAGAAGAUUGUGUCCAUCCCUGUCAAAUUCGAGCUGGAGAAGUCAGGCGGUGCCCAACUCGACAAGCUUGAUAUCCUGCAGUCCAAGGACCGCCUGAAGGCUUUUGAGUCAUCCGAUAAAGCUCGUCGCCAGCGCGAAGAAGCCCUGAACCAGCUCGAAGGCUUCACCUACAAGAUCCGCGACCUGCUCGAGAGCGAGUCGUUUAUCGCUGCGUCUACUGACAAGGAGCGCAAGACACUCGAACAAAAGGGCAGCGACGCCAGUGACUGGCUUUACGGUGACGGUGCGGAUGCCUCCAAGGACCAGUUGAAGAAGCGAAUCAAGGAGCUGCAGGAUAUCGUAACACCCAUUCAGAACCGCAUCGAGGAGGCUACCGAGCGGCCGCAGCUUCUGGAGGGUCUCAAGAAAGCCCUAAAGCAGACGGAUGAAUUUGUGAAGGACAUCAAGCAGAAGAUCGCUGAGGUAGAGGCCUGGUCAUCGUCACAGUCAGCAUCGGCUACCGCCUCGUCUGAGUCCUCCACCGUUACAGCUGCUCCAUCCGACGACUUUGCUGACCUUGAAGACGACUCGACGACCUCUACCACCAAGUCUCCCACUAUGGAAGACGUCACCAAGGACCGAGGCCCAGUGCCCCCACUGUAUACUCUCGAAGACCUCAAGGAGACUGAGGACCUCUUCGUCAAAAUCACGGCCUGGCUGGAGAAGAAGGAGCCCGCUCAAGAAAAGCUCGGUGCCACAGAUGAUCCAGUUCUCACCGUCAAGUCUCUCAAGGAGUGGCGCGAGAAGCUGGACAAGGCUGGCCAGGACCUGGCCCUGAAGAGCGUGAACAACUUCAAGAAGAAGAAGGCCAGCUCAUCCAAGACCAAGAAGUCCAAGGCCACCAAGUCCAAGACGACGCCUGGGUCUGAGCAGACUAUCGAGAUCGGCAAGGACGGCAAGAUGCCCAGCGAGGAGGAGCUUCAGGAAAUGAUCAAGAAGCUCACGGAGGAGGCUGCCGCAAGAGAGGCAGCAGAGAAGAACAACGAAGAGACGGGUAGUGAGGAGAAGAUGAAGGAUAGUGAUGAGCAUAAGCGGGAUGAGCUGUGAGCUAUAGUUGCCGUUAGAUGCGCCCGGCUCAGGCAUUGCAUUUAGAUAACAAAUGAAGAUUCACUUGCGAGUUAUGUA